CUCUGCCAUUAGGUGGAGCGGGGACUCAGCAUCAAGCAGGAAAAGCCAGAGGCUCCCACAGGCACUGGUUUCUCAAACCAGUGCCUGGGUCCCCCAGGGAAUGCGGACAGCACUGGAAACAAAACACUAGAUCUUGCUGCUGGAGGCAAGGCGCCUUCGUGCUGAGAAGCUCUGCUGGGCUGGCACCAGGAAAAAGGGCUCCUCUGAGCAUCCUCUAAAGACUGCCUGGCCACAGCUGCGCUAUGGAGCUGAGGUCUGGGGAGCCAUCGGGGAAGGAAAAAGAAAGGGAAAAAGAAAAAGGAAAGAGGGCCCACAGAGACUCCUCACGAGAGGUGCUCGAGUGGAGGGAAUCCUUCGAUCAGCUCCUGAAGAGUAAAAACGGGGUGACCGCCUUCCACACCUUCCUCAAGACAGAGUUCAGUGAGGAGAACCUGGACUUCUGGCUGGCCUGCGAGGACUUCAAAAAGACCCGGUCGAAAACCAAGCUGGCCUCCAAGGCCAACAGGAUCUUUGAGGAGUUCGUCCAAAGCGAGGCGCCCAGGGAGGUGAACAUCGACCAUGAAACCAGGGAGAUCACCAGGAAGAACCUCUCGGGGGCCACCUCCGCUUGCUUCAACGAAGCCCAGGCGAAGACCCGCACCCUGAUGGAGAAGGACUCCUACCCCCGCUUCCUCAAGUCCGCCUCCUACCAGGACAUGACCAAGCAGGCCGCCAGCCGCGGCACCAGCAAGCGCUUACACACCUGACCCGCGCCCGCGCCCGAAUCCACCUUCAGGAGGGAGGCCGGGAGGGGAAGCCCUGCCAUUUCGGCAGGGUGCCCGGCACCUCAAGUGCUUCUGCUGAAGCUGCCGUGAAGAGAAGCCUUCCACCCCACCGCUGCCACCGCCACCGGGGCCGCCCGCGGGGCCUGCGAGCGGCGGGCCUCGAGUUGCGAGGCCAGGGGACAGCACAGGCCUCGCGGUGACGUUGUUAUCCCUCGCUUAAGCUGUUUGACCCGCAGGUUGCACCUGGUCUUAGGUCACACGCAUAACUUUUUAUUAUCGUUAUUAUUUAUUUUAGCAUUGUUAUUACGAUAACGUAUUUAUGAGAAGAGCACUGCUCGAAGCAUGCACACAUCCCUUGCUCCGAGGAGCUUGUAAAUUAAUUUAUUUUAGAUAUUGCCCCACUUAGCAUGCCUCCCACAGCUUCUGUAUAAUAACUUCAAGAAGAAAAAUGGAUUUUGUAGCAUGACCACGGAGCAAGGUACGCGAAUAGCAGCAGGGAGAGCUGCGACUGGCGGGCUGCUAGCAGGGUCUGAGGUUUCCUGAGAGCAUGGAGGACCAUUGAUGGCCAUAAAAGGAUGCUUUGCAGUUCAUUCUGUUUCCUUUUUAUUUUUAUUUUUAUUUUUUCCCCUUAAAUAGAGCUCUGUGACCGGCAGCUCGGCACAUGGGCUAGCAGCUUGUCCUAUGCAGAGAAUAGCGAUGUAGAACAGGCACUUUGAGUGUUGAAAACUUAGUUUGUAAACACGUGGGAGAGAAAAAAUGGGGUUUUCCCCUGAUUUGCAGUCGUGUCUGGUGUUUCUUUGGCUGGCAAACCGGUCUGCAGCCAAGGACUCCCAAGGACCAGUUUGGGGAUGUUUUUUUCUGACUCUUCCCAAUUCUACCUCUGAGUCUUGGUGGGUCCCGGCUGCAUUUGCAGGGCCAUUUAAGAUGUUUUGCUAUUUAUUAUUUAUUUUUACAACUGGAACCACCUUCGUUGUGUUACUGAGGUAAAUGAUGCACAAAGGUCCAUUUUUGUUACUAAUAUAACAUUGUCAUGACAAAAUAAAUUGUAAAGAGGACAAUGCUGUGACACCACGUUUGAUUGUGGGCUUUUAAUUUAUUUUUGCAUUCUGAUUGCAGGGGGUUACAAAGCACACAACGUAAGGAAAGCUGCUGGCGGUGCAUGGCUUGAGGCAUGUUUACGGUCACUUUAAAACUUGCAGUGUGAGAAACACAGAAAGGCAAGGGGGAAACUUGAGAAGAGUAAAACUUCCUCUCGGCAUUUUGCUCAUUGGAGAGAAAUGAGCAGUUCACCAAAGGAUUGCAAGCAAGAGUUAAGUUCUGAAUAUAUUAACUGCCAAUGUGUUUAGUACUGUUUAUAUCGCUCACCCUUUUCUGAGUGCGUUUGCAGGACUGCAGUUCACAAUACCCAUUUAAUAUCAGUAGGACACGGUUGACUUUUAAGCACAGGAGGGUUCACGUGAAGGAUGCUUUGACUCACUGUCAUAAAUAACAUUAGAUUUAGCAUUAAUUCCGCCGACGAGUGAAUUAUUUUCCAGGGGGAAGCACCUGGCAUUCGAGGGAGUGUCAGAAACCACUGUCCUACCCCCGGUGCAGCUCUUGCUGCCUCUCAGGUCUGGGAUGCUUUGGGGCGGUGUAGCUCGGAGGUGCUGCUGCCCCAGGUGAAAACCAGCCCAGGCGUGCAAAAAUACACCAGCUUUUCCCAGACCUGUACCCUACAGUUGCCACCCACCUAAAUGGAGGAAGAUAGAUUAAACUGCCCAUUUUAUCUUUUAUUUGAGAAGGAAGAAAUGAGGUGAAAGGUAGCCAGGAUGUAUUUAAAUUAUCCAGCAAGAAUGACUCAGUGAGAGCACUGAAGCAGCACUGAAUCAGGCAGAAACAAAAUUACAUUCUUUUUAACUGCAGGGUCUGACUAAAAAAAAUAAUUUAAAAAAUAAAUAAAUCUUGCACACCUUGAAAUUAAUUUAAACAUGAUUUAACAUUCAAAAAUAUUCAGAUUGGCCAAAUAAAAAAGGUGAUAAAAAUACUUAGCCAAGAAUUAAAAUAUUUUUGAGAUUUCUUCAGGAGGAAAUCUGGGGCUGUGUCCACUCUUGGUGCCCUGUGAGCCGAAAUGGCCCAGACUGCAUUUUGGUCUUGGUGGUAGCACUGAGACCUCUACAGCUGGCACUGGAGCAUCUCCUUUGCAGCUCUUUUCAUUUCACGGAGAGAAAACUCCAUUGACAAAACCAGAGAAGCCCUGCUUGCGUCCAGCAUGUCCUCUGUGAUUGCUGUCAAAACCUCGUGCUAAUAUAACAAAACCUUUAAAGCCUUGGGAAAAAAAAACAAACAAACCACAGACCCGCCUUGAGAACCAGGAGCUGAAGUCUCCCAUAAACCACAGCCGAAGUUUCCCAGGGUGGAGGCAGUGAGUUUGGAAGCAGAAGGGAAGAUUUCAGAUGUGGGGAGCCAAGGCAGGCGCUGCCCCCAGGCACGGCCCAUACUUGCUGUGGGGCUGAGUUUCCAUGAGCUGGGCUGCGUGGGGAUUUACUGCGUGGAAAGCAAUCAGCAGCGUGCCUGAGACAUGGCUUGCUCCGAGGGUUUCAAGAGAUAUUGCCCUGAGCAGCACCAUGCUCCAAGCGUGUUUGCACGCUUGUAUUCUCACUGUGCAGCUACAUAUGUGGGGGACCCUGUGAAGGCAUGUAUUUGGGCAGGCGGCACAUGUUGGUGUGCAGAUGCUCUCUGUGUGCACACGUGGGGGCAAACUGAUGUGUCAUUGCAUGUGUUCAUCCAGUAUGUAUUUUUUAAA